AUGCGUCCUCACAGUCCAGUCAUGGCAGCUCUACGGCUCUUACCUUUUCGGCUCGCCAGAGUCCCGCCGAAGCUUUCUCGCCCUUUCACCGGCAGCGGCCCCCCUCGCGGAGCGCUCACGGUGCCCGAGCGCAUCGAGGAGAAACGUCGGGCAGCGCUACUCGGAGGCGGACAGGCCCGUAUAGAUGCGCAGCAUCGGCGGGGAAAGCUGACAGCUAGGGAGCGCAUUUUGCUCUUAUUGGAUCCUGACAGUUUUGUGGAGUAUGACAUGUUUGUGGAACACAGAUGUUCAGACUUUGGAAUGGAGGCUGAAAAAAACAAGUACCCUGGAGAUAGUGUUGUAACUGGCCAGGGCAGAAUAAAUGGGAGACUGGCUUAUGUCUUCAGUCAGGAUUUCACUGUGUUUGGAGGCAGUUUGUCUGGCGCUCAUGCUCAAAAGAUUUGCAAGAUCAUGGAUCAGGCUGUUAUGGUUGGUGCUCCAGUGAUUGGACUGAAUGACUCAGGAGGGGCCCGUAUCCAAGAAGGCGUAGAGUCACUGGCUGGUUAUGCUGAUAUUUUUUUGAGAAAUGUUUUAUGUUCUGGGGUAGUUCCUCAGAUUUCUCUUAUCAUGGGUCCUUGUGCAGGAGGCGCUGUCUAUUCUCCCGCUUUAACAGAUUUCACAUUCAUGGUAAAGGAUACAUCUUACCUAUUCAUAACUGGCCCUGAUGUAGUCAAAUCAGUUACUAAUGAAGAUGUUACUCAGGAGCAGCUGGGAGGUGCAAAGACGCAUACAGCCGUGUCAGGGGUUGCACACUGUGCCUUUGAGAAUGACAUCGAUGCUUUGCUCAAUCUCAGAGAGUUUUUUAAUUUUCUACCUCUUAGUAACAAAGAUCCAGCUCCAGUCCGUGAAUGCCAUGAUGCUUGCAACCGAUUGGUUCCUGAGUUGGAUACAAUUGUCCCGAUGGAAUCUACUAAAGCCUAUGACAUGGUGGAUAUUGUACAUUCAAUUGUUGAUGAGAGAGAAUUUUUUGAGAUUAUGCCCUUCUAUGCAAAAAACAUUAUAGUUGGCUUUGCAAGAAUGAAUGGAAGAACUGUUGGAAUAGUUGGCAAUCAGCCCAGAGUUGCAUCAGGUUGCCUGGAUAUAAAUUCCUCUGUGAAGGGAGCUCGUUUUGUCCGAUUUUGUGAUGCUUUCAACAUACCUCUGAUAACAUUUGUAGAUGUGCCUGGAUUUUUACCAGGGACAGCUCAAGAAUAUGGUGGGAUCAUACGGCAUGGUGCAAAACUCCUCUUUGCUUUUGCAGAAGCAACAGUGCCCAAAAUCACCAUAAUCACAAGAAAGGCUUAUGGUGGGGCCUAUGAUGUGAUGAGUUCAAAGCACUUAAGAGGAGAUGCAAAUUAUGCCUGGCCAACAGCAGAAGUAGCAGUGAUGGGGGCCAAGGGAGCUGUCCAGAUCAUUUUCAGAGGGAAGGAGAAAAAUGCGGAAGCAGAAUAUGCAGAAAAGUUUGCAAAUCCUUUCCCUGCGGCAACCAAAGGUUUUGUUGAUGACAUCAUCCAGCCUUCUACUACUCGACUUCGCAUCUGCCGUGAUUUAGAAGUACUAGCAAGCAAAAGACAAUCCAACCCUUGGAAGAAGCAUGCUAACAUGCCACUCUGAAUUGAUUCAAAGUGUUCAGACUUCAUGUGUAACUUCAGAUCCUCUGAAGUUGUCAGAACAGGCAUUUCCCUUAGAUAACAUGCGGCAUUUUAAAAUGGAAGCACUUUGAAAUACAAAACAUGUAGAAGUUGUCUCAUGAUACUCAAGACAGGAUCCUAUUGCUUUGAUUUCUACAAAAUAAAAUUUGCAGAUGUAAAAUUAGCACUUUGCAAGAGAAGUCAAUGUGGAAAUAAAAGAUUUUAAAACGUAUCUUUGGGGAGAUUGAUAAAACAAUCAUACAACUUACAGAGCACAACAGCUGUAAGCAAGAGUAUGAUAAUUAGAGCUGUAAUUGUUGCAAGUCACUGCUGGCUUUAAGAAUUCUCUAAUAUGGAUAAUAGAUGAGAAGAUUAUGAUGUUCUAUAUCUGUCCAAUUAUGAUGAAGCCAUUCUCUCUAGUCACUUUAAGAAUGAUUUUUUGAGGCUUUUAGGCGAGGUAGCUCCAAACAGGAAGAAGCCGUGUUUAAAUUAACAAGCCAUGGUAAAUGUUGGCUGCUUUUUCUGACACAAUGUACACUAAAUGCUGAUCUGAAAACAGUCCUAUCUGCUAACUGUAUAAUGUAAAAUGACCAUGGCUGUGGUUUGUGUUUCCAUUCUUUCAUUCUGUCAUUUACUUUUCUAUAAACUCAAGUUUCUUACAAGAA